UGCACGACUCCAGAACUUCUUUGUGUUGCCUGCUUAGCAGAUUGUCUUCCUUGUCUGUGAGGCAGCUCAUUAUACAGAGACAGACUGAGCUCAGGUCAUCUGCUGCUGGUGUGCUGAAGAAGAAGAAGAAGAAGAAGAAGCAGAAGCAGGAGGGAAGAUGGCGAUCAUUCUGCUGCUCUAGACCGGACACAACUUUACAGAAGAUCUCGAUCGAGGAUCCAGUCGUGAGUAUGCGUUUUCUCAAUCGUCAACAUCUCGACUUGCUCUUAAUGAUCCAGUAAUGUGCUCGAGCUCGGGCUGGUUGACGAGGCGCUUCGGGAAUGACCUGGAAACGCGGUUUUCCUGCCUUUUUAUCUCAGUUGAGGAGCAGCAGAUGUGGUGACCCGAGAGGAACGGAUAGACACCGAACCGAACGAACGAACGCUCUAAAACUAGCACCUUCAUGUCGGUAAAGUGACGCGUUGCUGGAGCGUUCUCCUUCAGAUCUUCUAUUUAUACCCGUCCGAGCGGGCUGUUCUGAGGGGAUUUGUCGGGAACGGUGUGCCGUUGAGGGAGUUUGAGGGCGCGGAUUCGGUUACGAGUGAAUUGUGGCAGGUCUGACGGAGCUUUUGACCGUGUGCUGGAAGCCAUUGCACGGAUUUGGAGCUCCGCGUCCAUUUAGAGAGACGCGUCCAGACGCUCUCGCGACGUGCCUGUGACGUUCAGUGUUACAAUGUUGCUUCGUGACAGUGUUACAAUGUUGCAACGAUGUUCCUGUACACGCGCAAGCGGGCUGCGGGUGUUUUUCUCGGGUUCCAGGUGUUUGUCACAGCAGGUAUAGAAUAACACCGAGGGUUCCUCCAGAAAAUGGAGUCUCACUGGAGAACAAAGGUUGACUUUCCCAAUGCACAUGGACCUGCAACCUCUCACAGUUUCCCUGAUUUUCCAGGGAGUUGUAAACGAUGGAAGUGCUGCAGUGCGAUGGCUGUGAUUUCCGUGCAGAGUCCAAUGAUGAGCUCAAGUCACACAUACAGGACGUCCAUACAGCCUUUCUGCAGCCUACAGAGGUGGUAGAGUGCAAUGAGUCACCCCAGAGGUCAAGGUCAAACUCCCUGAACUCCCUCAGCCCCAUAGACGAUGAGGAGGACUUGACUAAUAACGAUUACGACUCAUUGAAAAAGGAUGCAGGCCUCCACACCUUUAACAAAGACAUUGGGCACUUCUCUGGUUCAAAGCAAACGAAACAAAACCAUCCAGCAAAGCCUGCAAACAAAACACCAAGCCCUUUUUUCCAGUGCAAGUUCUGCGUGCGGUACUUCAGAUCCAGCUCUCUUCUCGUUGAACACACUAGAAAGGUCCAUAGUAUCGCCGGAGAAACUUUUCCAAGCGACGAGAACUCCCUCAACGCUUCCAAGCAGUCCAGCUACAGCAGUACAACCCAUGAUGGUGUAGGAACUGUCUUCUCCUGCCAAUAUUGCACUUUUAAAACCCCACUCCGAGCACGAAUGCUGAAACACCAGAAAAUGCAUAACAAAGAUGGUCUUCCAAGAGCCUCAGCCUCUCCUGUCGAGGCAGAGGUUCUGGAUGUGGACUCUGUUGCAACAUCAUUUGAAGAACAUUGUGAAGAGCCAUCAGGAGAUGUUCUAGAACGUCAAGUGCUGGAAUCGAUGAUCAAACCCCAAACAAGAGGAGGAUUUAACUGUGAGUGGUGUGGCUUUCAGACAUUAAAAAGGCAGCAGUUAGCAGAUCACAUGAUGAAGAAACACCGUAACAUGGUGAAGAUCAUGGCGUCACUGCAGCAGCCUAAAAUGCAGGAUGGACGUGCAGGAUCCAGCAAGUCUGAUUCCGCUACAUCACGGAGAAGCACUCAAACCUCCAAUCUAAUAUUGAAUGAUCUAGCCAGCAAUGAAGGUUCCUGCAUCAAUGCCUCCACAAUGAAAGGAUCUUCUGGCGGUGCAACAGUCAAACCCACUUCAGGGAUAUCAAAUUAUCAGUACUCACAGCUCACUGCAAAAAUACCCAACAGCACAGGAUCUUCCAUACUGUCAGAGAGAUCGACUUUCACCAUGUCAGAUAUGUCAAGCUCUGCCGUGGAUCUAGAUGCCAGCAUGCUUAACGAUUCCAGAAGCAGUUCAGAUGAUGAAAUCGGUGAAUUGACUGAUCCUAAUCACACAGAGUCAGCUGAGGAUUCAGCUAAGCUGCUUCUGUCAGAAGAGGAUAGUGACCUACUAGAAACUAAAGGAGUUCCAUUCAAAAGACACAUGAACAGGUUUCAGUGCCCUUUCUGUUCUUUCUUGACCAUGCACCGCCGUAGUAUUUCUCGUCACAUAGAGAACAUACACUUAUCUGGUAAGGCGACGGUGUAUAAAUGUGACGAGUGCCCCUUUCUGUGCACCAACCCACUAAAGCUGGACUCACACAAACAAUGUCAUGGUGGGUCUUUCGAAUGGGAAACCAUGGACUUAACCAAUGAAAGUCAAGAAGGUCCUGAACGCUCGGAGCCGGUGAAUGGAGGAAAGAGCAACUCUAAAAUCAAUGGUAAGAAAUCAAGUGCUGUAGAGGACCAUCAGGGCCCUCAUCGCUGUUCACUGUGUAACUUCUCCACAACAACACUGAAAGGCCUACGUGUCCACCAGCAACAUAAACACUCGUACUGUGAUGGAACACAAGUCACAAGUCAAGAGGGCUUAUCCAGUGAACAACAAGAUUCAGAGUCAUAUGGAAUUUCAAAUUUUGUGAAAAAAACUCAAACGUCAAUACUUGGGUUUUCAACCAAGAAGCACCUUAUUGGGAAGACGGCCAGGAAGUCCAUCAAUGACUUGCCCUUGGAUCUGUCUCCUGUCAAAAAACGGACAAGGAUUGAUGAAAUUGCCAACAAUCUCCAGAGCAAGAUUAGUCAAAGCCAACAGCACGAAGAUGUGAUUAACCUUGAGGAGAUGGAUGAUGAUGUCGAGGAGAACGGCAAUCACAUUGAUUUUGAAACAAGCAAAGAACGAGAAAACUCUGAGAUUGUAAGUCAGUGCUACACACUCAACACUCAGCACCUUCAUGUGAGGAAUUCUGGAGGUUUACAGACAGAGCGUGGUGUUGGGAAAAGAAAACGCACCCUGCAGUCCAAACUCAGCUCAAGAAACAUUCCCAUUCCAGUUAGUAUUUCUGAUGAUGAAGACAAUUAUAGUGCCUCUAUGGAAUCAAAAGAUGCUCAAGAUCACAGAAGUCAAGAUGGCAGAGAUGCAUAUCAGGACAAUGUUGAAUACACAGAGGAAACUGGCAACCUUUUUUACUGCAAACAUUGCGAGUACCAUAACAAAUCUGCUCGCAGUGUCAGCACACACUACCAGAGAAUGCACCCUUACAUUAAGUUUAGCUUCAGAUACAUCUUAGAUCCAGAAGAUCAUAGCGCAGUCUUCCGUUGUCUUGAGUGCUUCAUUGAAUACAACAACUUUAAUGAUCUCCACCAGCACUAUAUGUCACACCAUCCAGAAGCAAGCAACGUACUGAACUUUAACCAACCAGAUCUGGUAUACAUGUGCCGUUUCUGUUCCUACACCAGUCCAAAUGUGAGGAGCCUUAUGCCCCAUUAUCAGAGAAUGCACCCUUCUGUGAAGAUCAACAAUGCUAUGAUCUUCUCCAGCUACAUGGUUGAUCAGCCUCAAAAGGGUGCAACAGAGUCCCAAACACUGAGAGAAAUCCUGAAUUCUGGACCAAAGAGUCUCAGCUCCACCUCGUCUGGGUCCAGAUCAUCGUCAAGUCCUGCUCUCAAAAACAUCUGCAAAACCCCAGAUGCAAAUGCAGAGGCUGAAGCUUUUCAAGAAGGUCUGGGUGGUAAUGUGGUGGUGUACGACUGUGAUAUUUGUUCUUUUUCAAGCCCCAACAUGCACUCGGUGUUGGUCCAUUAUCAGAAGAAACACCCUGAGCAAAAGGCCUCAUACUUCAGGAUUCAGAAAACUAUGCGUGUCACAUCAGUUGACAGAACACAGCUCUCAAGCAACUCAACCUACACCCUGUCCAGCACCCCAAAGUCUUCAAAUGUGGCCUUACCUGUACCUCUGGAUGAAGAUGUGUACUACUGCAAACACUGUGUCUACAACAACCGCUCUGUUGUGGGCGUUCUGGUCCACUACCAAAAACGCCAUCCAGAGAUUAAAGUAACAGCAAAGUACAUCAAGCAGGCUCCGCCGACCCCAGGACUAAUGAAACUGAUGGAUGAGUUACAGAUUGCACCCCCUAAACAGUUUCUAAAGCAAUUCAACAACAAUGGGAUUGAAGGAUCAAAUAAUUCAAACAAUAAAGGAGUGUCUGAUAAAGGAGAAACUGAAAUGCUCUUCUUCUGCCAGCACUGCGACUACGGGAACCGCACUGUGAAAGGCGUUUUGAUUCACUACCAGAAGAAGCACAAGGAUGUGAAAGCCAACGCUGAACUUGUCCGUAGACAUACAGCUGUGGUUCGUAGUCAGAGAGAACGAGCGCAGAUGAUCCAAGCAGGAAGUUCCACAUCUACGGCAACUGUAGCUCAUGAAUCUGAAAAAUCCAGGCCACUGCGAUCUUUGAAGUGCCGACACUGUGCGUACACAUCUCCAUAUGUGUAUGCCUUAAAGAAGCAUUUGAAGAAGGAUCAUCCUACUGUGAAGGCCACGGCCAUGACGAUCUUGCACUGGGCUUUUCAGGAUGGCGUGUUGGAGGCGGGUUAUCACUGUGAGUGGUGCAUCUAUUCCCACGCUGAACCAAGCGGCCUGCUCAUGCAUUACCAAAGACGCCACCCGGAGCACAAUGUUGACUAUGCUUACAUGGCUAGCAAGCUGUGGGCUGGACCUGAUACUUCCACCAGUAGGCAGGCGGGGAACUCUGAAACAAAGCAUUAUCAAUGCCGAGAUUGUGCCUUUGAGGCCUGCUCCAUCUGGGACAUUACUAACCAUUACCAAGCAGUGCACCCUUGGGCAAUCAAAGGUGACGAGUCUGUCCUCAUUGACAUUAUCAAGGGGAACGAAGCUUCAGAGAAGCUUCUCCCACAGUUGACCAAAGGACAUGCUUCCAUGUACAAUGUGUUCAACAAUCACCAGCAGGAAGAGGGUGCAGUUGAAGUCAGCCGUCCUACACAUGAGCGGCACCAUAAUCUCUCUUUAUCUGCCACCUCAUCGAUCUCCAACAAUCCUUACCAGUGCACUGUGUGCUUGUCAGAGUACAACAGUCUCCAUGGGCUUUUAACUCACUAUGGAAAGAAACACCCAGGUAUGAAGGUGAAAGCGGCUGACUUUGCUCAGGAAGCAGACAUCAACCCGAGCUCUGUUUACAAGUGCAGACACUGUCCAUACGUGAACUCUCGUAUACACGGAGUACUCACACACUACCAGAAGCGGCAUCCAUCCAUCAAAGUCACGGCGGAAGAUUUUGCUGAUGAUGUUGAGCAGGUAAACGAGUUGGGUAGCGAAGGAGACGAAAAGUCUAAAACGCAGAGGCAGGGCUAUGGCGCAUACCGCUGCAAGAUGUGCCCAUAUACACACGGGACUCUAGAAAAAUUGAAGAUACACUAUGAGAAGUAUCACAACCAACCUGCCUUAGACAUGUUCAAAGCAACUGUCACACAGUCGCCGGCCAGAAGAGACGAUUCAGUGGCUGAAUGCAGUACCAGCAAUGUGACAGAAGUCUCUGAGGUCUGCGACUUUGACCUCACGCUCUCUGAACUCGCAAAGAGUGACAAGCAUGCAGUUUUUAAAUGUCAGCUUUGCAAAUACGUCUGCUCCACUCGGAAAGGUAUCGCUCGUCACUACCGUAUCAAGCACAACAAUGUUAGAGCUCAACCCGAAGGGAAGAACAAUGUGUUUAAAUGUGCACUCUGCUCCUACACCAACCCCAUCCGCAAGGGUCUCGCAGCACACUACCAGAAGCGCCACGACAUCGAUGCGUACUACACUCAUUGCUUGGCAGCAUCCAAGACUGUGGGUGAGAAACCAAACAAGGUGAUGCUGCCCUUGGCAUCAGACGCUGAGACUCCAGCCAUGAGUGAGGAACUGCGGCUCUCGGUGGACAGAAGGAAAUGUUCCCUCUGCUCGUUCCAGGCAUUCAGCAGGAAGAGUAUCGUUUCUCACUAUAUCAAGCGCCACCCAGGAGUCUUUCCCAAGAAGCAGCCCUCCAGUAAACUGGGCCGUUACUUCACUGUGAUCUAUCACAAGGAGGCAGAGAAACCUCUCUCCAAUGAGGACGUGGAGAUAGUUGAAGUUAAAGAUGAGGUGGAACCUGAAAGUGACAUGGACUGGCUCCCCUUUAAAUGUGUGAAAUGUUUCAAGCUCUCAUUCAGCGCUGCAGAGCUUCUGGUGAUGCAUUACAAUGACUGCCACAGUAAAGAACUCAAGCGGGACUUUGUCACCAUUCCAAGUCCAGCAGAAGAUGGGACGGAGCUCUACCAGUGCACCCACUGUGAAAUCAAGUUCUUGGCUCUUCCAGAACUCGGUGUCCAUCUGAUGAGCCACAACGAGGAUUUCCAAAAAAGAGCUAUGAGACUGGUAAGGAGAAAACAGCUUCAAAGUAAACAGAGGCCUACAGAAUCAUCAGACACCAAACCAGAGAAUAAGGUCGACAGUACAGCCGAAAAGACUCCCAUCGGCUACAGGUGUAACUUCUGUGUGGAAGUUCACCCCACCCUCCGUGCCAUCUGUAACCAUCUUAGAAAGCAUGUGCAGUACGGACAGGCCAAGGAAGGUCAUGUGAAGCAGGAAGCAGUUGAGUUGCCUGCUCCUCUUCCUCUUCCUGCGGAUGGGAUCACCAAUGGCGAAGUGGAGGAUGUUGUUGCCGUGGACACUGAACCUCUGGAGAAUGAUUCACCACCUGCGGGUGUCGCCAUGGAGACUGAGCAGUCAAUGCCCGUGGAAACGAGGCCGAUGGAUGGAUCGGUAGGCGUUUCAGUGGAGCUGGAAAAGCCGCGAGCGGUUCCAGGUCACCCAUGCAGCCUAUGUGACCGCAUGUUCAUGUCCAUGCAGGGCCUGCGCUCACACGAGAGGAGUCACUCCACUGUCACUCUCGUCAGUAAAAACGACAAAUACAACUGCCAGUACUGUCAGUUCUCCUCACCGUUCAGACACAAUUUGGAUCGUCACGUUCAGUCUCAUCAUGGACAUCAGAAGCCCUUCCGAUGCAAGUUCUGUCCCUUUAAAUCAUCAUACCUGAAUCGACUCAAGAGCCAUCUGCACAAAACACAUGCAGGUGAACACACGUAUAAGUGUAUCUCAUGUGCAUUCACUGCAGCCACCAUCACUCAGCUGAAGGAGCACUCACUGCAAGAACACGGCGAGACACUCACGCUGCCCAGACUCAGAGCUGGAGCCGUGCAGCACUCAACACGCCCAAAUGACGAACACAACGCUGAAGACACACCCCCCGACCCACAGUGCAGCGAGUCUGCGGGGUAUCUGGAGCCAACAGACGUCCAGCAGCAGAUGAGUCACUAUCAGCAGGCGUCAGCAAGUGCCAGUCCAUCGUCUGCUUCUCCGCUUGCACUAGCUGCAGAGGCUGCGGUUCCUCAGGCUCGGCCUGAUGUCAUCCUCACCUGUGAGUUCUGUGAGUUCAGCUCUGGAUACAUGCAGAGCCUGCGCAGACAUUACCGUGACCGACACGGAGGAAAGAAGCUCUUCAAAUGCAAAGAUUGCACAUUCUUCACCUGCUACAAGUCUACGUUCACGCUGCAUGUUGAGAGCGGUCACACCAGCACCCCUGAGGAGACUCCCAAAGAUCUACGCUGUCCAUUCUGUCUGUAUCACACCAAACACAAGACUAGCAUGAUCGACCAUAUCAUCCUGCACAGAGAGGAGCGUGUGGUGCCUCUGGAAGUGUCUCGCUCAAAGCUCUCGCGUCAUCUGGAGGGCGUGGUGUUCCGCUGUCAUAAAUGCACCUUCACAUGUUCCAGCGAGCAAAACCUUCAACAGCACAUCCACAAACACGAAGAACUGAAGCCGUAUCAGUGUCAACUCUGUUACUAUGACAGCAAACUCCUGCACGAACUCGAGAUACACCUGCAACAAGAGCACAAGGUGCUGCGAAACUUUGAGCUGGUGGGGCGGGUGAACCUGGAUCAGCUGGAGCUAAUGAAGGAGAGGAUGAAUGAGGAAGCCGACACUGUCGAGGAGGAAGAGGAAGAGGGGCUGAUGGAAGAGGAAGAGGAAGAAAAGUUGGAAGAGAGCAAACAGGAAGAUAUGAGUGACAAACAGGAAGAGACGAGCGACAGACAGGAGGAGACAGGUGCUCCGGUUCCGGAGUCUCCGGUCAGCAGCGGUGUAAAACGCUAUCCAUGCGAGUUCUGUGGCCGAACGUUCACACUCAGCACAGAAUGGGAGAGACAUGUUCUUCGACAUGGCAUGACUGUUAACAGCAGCAAGAAAGACGCCAGUCCUGUGACCUCAUCAACUCUGCCUCUGAUUGUUCCCGUGGCUGUGAUUGACAGAGGGCUGGACCUAUCCAGUAACACUGUGGAUGCUACGAGGCCAGAUCAGUCCGACCAAUCCAAGAGUCCGAUUGAGAACAAGGAAGACAAAGAGACGCUGGAGACCAAAAACGACCCUUAGGAGCAAAACAAAAUCUGUAGAGAAAAGAGUAAAUUGGCUUUAGAUCACGUGACAUGGUUACGAAUGUCGUACGUUUAGUUUUUUGUGUGUUAUAUCAUUUGUUUUGUUGAAGAACGAAAUUGGCUGCUGCAUUGAUAUUUGGUUCAAAAACUAAAUUUGUCGAAAGUAAUGGUCAUGAUUUGGAAUAUUGUUCGAUUUCACGUGUUUGAACAUUUACGUUUUGGGUUGUUUUACAUCAUGUUUGUUCAGUUGCUGAAUCUUACACUGAAUUUUAAAAAGUGUGUCUUUGGUCCCUCAGGACAGUUGUUGAUAUAUUGGUAACCAAUAGUGAAAGAAAUUGUGAGGUGAUAAAAUUCCCAUUGAAUCAGGGGUCCCUCCGGCCACGACUUUAUCUGUACGCGAGAGAUUUUCAUACAAUCGUCUCAUAGCUUCAUUUCCAUUAUGAAAACAGAUUUCAAAAUCAUUCUCUUCUUUCAUGUACUUUCCAUGCACUUUUUGUCACAUACAUUUAUUCAAAAUAACGUAAUAAAUGAUAAACAAAUCUUACUAGAAAUUAAACGAACAGUAAAAGUAAUGUACAAUAAAAAGUAUUGUUUAAAUAAACGAAUGUCUUCCACCGCAGUGAACUCGCACACACUGAUAGUCUGUAAGACAGCGUGUUCGCAGUUCACAUACAUUAGAAGAGCUUUAAGAUCUCUGUCAUUUAAAAAAUUUGCAACUGGACUUGAAAGGUCCAGAACGUUCCCUGGUGUGCUGGAGGGAUCUUUGAUUCGGUCUGAAUGUCACCUGGAGGUUUCUGUUUUUUACAUUUUAGCCUUGUGUUAAUCUUCCUGUAGCUGAAUUCCUUGAGGAAUAGUUGUCAUCUUAUUUAUCUAGAUAUCAGAAGUUUGAUUUUAAUAGACAUAUUUUAGAAUAUCAACACUUGCCCCAAAAAUUGCAGCAAAUUGCUACUUUUGAAGACUUGGUAGAUUUUUCGAUUUUCAUCCACUUACGGCUCGUCCUGCACUUCCACAUCCCCAACACUACACUUAAUAACGGCCACGAUUGCAGAUAUAACAAUUCUAAACAUUAACGAAAAUCAUCUGUAAGUCCCUCAACAGAGCUCCAGAGACUGAACUGACCGUACACACGAUGGCAAAAGAUAAAUCAUGUAUCUGCUUAUUACUGAUAGUAGUGUAAACCGUGAGAGUUUCUGUGGUACACACGGUUCUGUUGUUGAUUGGCUGAUAUAUAACAGUACAAGUAUAUAAAGGAAUACUCUGGGUCCAAAACAACUUGAGCUCUGUGCACGGCAAUUGUGGCAGAAAAUAUUUUCAACUUGUCUCUCAGUUGGUAAAAACAAGCAAAUAUCAUGUUUACUGUAAUGCACUUACAAUGGAAGUCUAUGGGGCAAGACAAUACACCAGGAAAAUGUUCAAAUACACACUGUUUUAAAAUGAGUUAAACCUUCUACAUCUUAGCAUGAGACUAGUGUGAUACAUCACUUAUUAAAUGACAAAAAAUGAUUUCAAAUUAAACAAUAUUUCAUCUUCAGUGUCAUGGCCGUGUAAACACGGUAUCUUUUGCACUAUAUGCACGAGGACACCAGAAAGGGACUGUUUACAAAGAAAAACAAAUCCAAUCAACAUUAUAUACAGUAUAACCAGACGUUUAUCCACAUAGAAAAGAAGUCUAACCUUAAAAGGAAGAUAAAGACACUUAAUAGCUCAAAUAAUACUAAUUUUUGUACAUAAUUAAUAUACACAUUGAAAAUACCAAUUUACAAAAAGAGCUUCACAUUUCUCCUUUAAACACUUUUCCCCAUUGACUUCCACUAUAAGCGCAUUACUGUAAACAUGAUUUUUUUUUUUUUUUUUUUUUUACUGAGGGACAAAUGGAAAUAAUUUUCUGUGGUAAACAUCACAGAAUUUUUAAACAACAUAUUAGUGUGGACGUGGGCUUAAAGGAAUAUUCUGGGUUCAAUACACGUUAAGCUUAACCGCCAGAGCUUGUGGCGUAAUGUUCUGACUCGUCCCUUAUUUAUAAAAAAAUAAAAAAAUAAAUAAAAAAAAAAAGCACGGUUAUAUUGCCUUGACCUGUAACCGCGAUAUUGGAUAUAACUUUAAACAGAUAAAGUUAAUAAGCAAUUUUAUCAAACUAAAAUCAUGUUAACAUGUUAAAACUAUGAAGCUAUGUGUAUUUUUGCAUUCAUGGAUCGGCCCCAUUCACUUCCAUUGUAAGUUCCUUAUU